AUGGCGACCUCAACACAGCGCACCCAACAAGUCCCCCAACACGUCACCGCCCUCCUCUCCCACCUCACCUCCCGCCCCGGCGUGCAAAGCACCCUAAUCCUCUCCCGCAAAGACGGCUCCAUCAUCCAAAGCACCGGACAACUAGCCCAAAAGCCCGAAGAGACCGCCACCCCUCGCACCCAAAUCCCCCCUACCGACUCCACCCCCCAAUCAGACCCAUCCCCUACCUCACCCGCCAGCCCCCAGCCCUACCAACCCUCCCAAGCCGAGACCCUAGCGGCGCACAUUUUCGCAUACGUCUCGAGCGCCGAGGCGUUGGGGGUCUCUCUAUCACGGCCUAAACCGACCGUGCAACGGCCCAGCGACGGGCACGGGGAUGCGCAUUACGACUACGGACACGAGACUAGCACGCGCGAGGCAGAUGGCGAUGACGUCGAUCGGGAAGAGGAUGGGGAGGUGAAGUUGUUGAGGAUGCGGACGAAGAAACAUGAGAUUGUUGUCGUGCCGGAUCGGAAAUAUCUGUUGUGCGUUGUGCAUGAUGCUUCUCCUGGAGGGUCUGGAGCUGCGGCGCGGGCGAGGUAA